UAAUGAAACUCAUCGCUCCUCAGCCUCCAAAAGUUAAAUCUCGCCCGGGAACCAAGCCUUUCGUCUGAGUUCGUUGCCGCCGUGAGCGUGGCAAAUCAAACCCUAACCCUAUCGCAUCCACGUUUAUCAUUCAGAUCUAAUCGGAUAAAGGACUUCAGUAUUCUUGACGAAUCUCAGAUCUGUAAAUAUAAUUUUGGAUAUUUAGUGGUUGGAGUUGGUGUUAAGAUAUCCAAGAAUUUCAUGAUUGUUUGGAACUGAAGGUCUUUUUGGCUUUGAAUUUUAUGAUUUCGAUUGGUAUAUGGUUAGAGGCGAUAACUUGAUUUGAUGCUCAAGCAGCCCCGGACAAAGUCAAGUCAGCAACAAUUGAAUUAGAACUUGUUGGAUUUUCUUCUUGAAUGCUGUACCCCAGUAUCACUUUGCUGGUUGCUACCACGUUGGGAUUCCUAGAGGGUUUUAUUCUUUGAUGGGAGACGGAGCAGUUUGCGUCGAAUCAUUAGCAGAUAGAACAGGUGAAGACGAUGAGUUAUCAAGAACGGACCUGAAGAGGGACUGCCAAUGUUUUACUGAUACUGAACUUGACCCCUCCCCUAAUAAGAAACAAGCGAAGGAAGUCUCAAACGACGACGUGCGCUCUGAGGUUUCCAAUCCCAAUAUUUCUUCAAAAGAGAAUGUUUUAGCUUUUCAAGAUAUUAGUAGCCAGCCGAGCGAGUUGGCAAAUACUAAUCAAGCAGAGUGUGGGGAAGUAACGUCUACUUGUUUGGAGAAUUCAAGCUCGGACGAGACCUUGAGUGAUGGCGGGGGUGAUCAUAAUACUAUUUCCCAGAAUGAUAAGGGCGCGAGCAGUGCUGAAAUGACGUCCUGUGUUGUACUGGAAAUUCCCAAGCAUGCCAGUGCAUCUGGAAUUAGAAAGAUUACUUUUAAGUUCAGUAAAAAGAAGGAGGACUAUGACUAUCAGUCACUUGCUAGUACUGAUAGGAAUCCUUACGACGAUGAGGCUUUGUUAAGUUCUGAUUAUAAGUCGGGGAUGUUAGAUAGCUCUUACGGGAUGGAAUAUGUUCAAGCUGGUGAUUUCAACUCGUACGCUCGAAAUAUGGAGUUGAAAAUGUCAAAGAAGGUAGUUCCUAGCUGUUAUCCUACAAAUGUUAAGAAGCUGCUAGCAACUGGUAUUCUUGAUGGAGCUCGAGUGAAGUACAUUUAUACUCAUGGCGCAGGAAAGAUCGAGCUGCCUGGGAUUAUUCAGGGUGGUGGAUAUAUGUGUGGCUGCUCGCUGUGCAGUUUCUCCAAAGUUCUAAGUGCGUAUGAGUUUGAGCAGCAUGCUGGUGCCAAGACUAGACAUCCCAAUAAUCACAUAUUCCUGGAAAAUGGAAAACCAAUAUAUAGUAUUAUACAGGAAAUAAAAACUGCUCCACUGAGCCUAUUAGAUGAGGUUAUAAAGAACGUUGCUGGUUCAUCUGUCAAUGAAGAGUCCUUCCAGGUUUGGAAAGCAAGUCUUUUGCAAAGCAAUGGGCAGGUUGGGGCGGACAAUUUUUGUAACUCCAAGCUUGUUGGCCUGCCUCAUACAAACAUAAGUGAAUUUGUAGAUGGUGUGAGCUACAUGUCUUGUUCAGAUGUGCUGAGUCCUGUUGAGCAACAAAGUCAUGAAAAGCAGACAACUGACGAGAGGAAACAUGUGAAAAAAUCAAGCUCCCAUACUUCUAACUUGGGUCUACAGCAAAAGAAAAAUGUAGAUGGUUGCAAUAAGAGAAGGGAUAAUGAUUUGCAUAGGCUACUUUUUAUGCCAAAUGGACUACCAGAUGGUGCUGAAUUGGCUUACUAUGUCAAAGGACAGAAACUACUUGGAGGUUACAAACAGGGAAAUGGUAUAGUUUGUGGUUGUUGUGAUAGAGAGAUAAGCCCUUCCCAGUUUGAAGCUCAUGCUGGAAUGGCUGCCCGACGUCAACCUUAUCGCCAUAUAUAUACUUCCAACGGAUUAACACUUCACGAUAUAGCCCUCUCAUUAGCAAAUGGUCAAAACCUUACCACUGGAGAUAGUGAUGACAUGUGCGCUAUAUGCGGAGAUGGUGGAGAUUUGAUUCCUUGCAAUGGAUGCCCUAGGGCUUUUCAUGCAGUUUGCUUAGGUUUACAAUGUGCUCCAGAAAGCUGUUGGCUUUGUCAAACUUGUAGAGAUAUUGCUGGUUGCAGCAGAAUAUCUUCUACAGCAAGGCCAAUUAAGAUAAGGUUGACCCGGGUUGUUAAAGCACCUGAAUUUGAAAUGGGUGGUUGUGUUGUUUGUAGGGAGCAUGAUUUUAGUGUCGCUAAAUUUGAUGAGCGAACAGUUAUAAUUUGUGAUCAGUGUGAGAAGGAGUAUCAUGUUGGGUGCUUGCGGGACAGUGGGCUAUGUGAGUUGGAAGAAUUGCCCAAGGACAAGUGGUUUUGUUGUGAUGACUGCAAUCGAAUAUAUGUGGCCCUGCAAAAUUCAGUUUCUGCUGGAGCAGAGGUUAUACCACCUUGCUUGUCAGUCCUAAUAAAUAGGAAGCGUGAGGAGAGGGGCUUGCCUAUUGAUGGAGGAGGCAUUGAUGAUAUCCAGUGGCGAAUUCUAAGCGGAAAAAGUCGUUAUCCUGAACACUUACCAUUACUUUCACGGGCAGCUGCAAUUUUUCGAGAGUGUUUUGAUCCCAUUGUUGCAGUCUCUGGUCGUGACUUGAUUCCUGUUAUGGUCUACGGGAGAAAUAUUUCAGGCCAAGAGUUUGGGGGGAUGUAUUGUGUUGUUUUAAUAGUGAAAUCUGUUGUUGUAUCUGCUGGGCUACUUAGGAUUUUUGGACGUCAUGUUGCUGAGCUUCCAAUGGUUGCUACAAGUAGAGAACAUCAAGGAAAAGGCUAUUUUCAAGUGUUAUUCUCUUGCAUAGAGAAGCUGCUGUUGUCCCUGAAGGUGGAAAAGCUGGUGCUUCCUGCAGCUGAGGAUGCUGAAUCAAUUUGGACUAGAAAACUAGGCUUCCGAAAGCUGACUGAAGAUCAGUUAUCCAAAUAUCUGAGAGAGGUACAGCUCACCCUCUUCAAUAAGACUUCGAUGCUGGAGAAGACAGUGCAGGUGGCGAUGGAAUGAUGCUGUAAGCCUGAAUCUGGUGUUGUAACCACCUGUUGGUUAUUUAUUCAUUUUUUUAGUGUCAUUCCUCGCUGUAAUUUCUGUUACUCUCUCUCCUUCUCUCUCUCUCUCUCGCGUUUGAAAGGGAAAAGGGGGGAAAGGAAUUGGGUGGUGACUAGGUUUAGGUAGGCAACCAGCUACGUCUUUGGUUCUUAUUGUACCAUCUAGUAUAGAAGAGAGGGUGAAAGAUGGCGAAAACGUAACGUCGCUUGAAAGAAAGUUGAAAAGAGAGCGCAUGCUGACCCCGCCUUUUUUAAAAAAAUUGGCAUGCAUGCUGGCUAAAAUUCUUUUGUAUUAUGAAUUUUUAGUAUGUAGCUUCAUGACGGUCUGAUUGAUGUUCACGAUGCAUUAGUAAGCUGCAAGCUAUAGUACUGCCAAAGUAAGUUGUAGAUUUAUCUUGCUGGAUGUAAUGACUCAUCCCUGCUUGACCAUUGUAAAAAGUUCGGGCCCUUUCCUCAUAAUUUAGGGCUUCUGGA